AUGAAAUUGAGCAGUACACAACUCGCAUCACUACGUGAAAAGCUUCCCGAUACUCUUGGCCAAUAUGUCGAAGCCGACCCAGAAGCAUUGACCGAUUUCGUAAUGAUGUUCGUCGAGAGAGAAAACGGCCGCGAUGAGUUGCAAAAGGUCUUUCGAGAAGAAUUAGCUGUAUUUUGUGAAGACGCCUCAAAAACUGAACAAGCUGUGGACGAUCUCUUGCGUUUGAUUGAUACAGUUCAAAAGGAGGGUGGAUCAACCAAUGUACAACACCAUACUACGAAUGAUGAUACUUCCGCAGCAGCAUCCGCUGGCCAAAAGCGUGAUAAGCAUGACGAUGAUGACGAUGAAGAAGAGGAUGACGAUGAUCGAAACUUUAAGCGUCGCAACGUUUCCACAACUGCUGCUACUGAAGAUGCAUCACCGUCAUCACCUAGAACAGGCGAUAAACGUACAUACUCAGCAGAAGGAGAUGAUCGACCGUCAAAACAAGUGCGUGGAGAUGAACAGAGCCGGUAUUCAGGAUUACCGUCACAUUUACGCCAACGACUAGGCUCAUCGUCAUCAGGUGGAGAACAACGUCGUCGAGCUCCUUGCCGCAAUUUUGAAGAACGUGGCUAUUGUAUGUAUGGUGAUAGCUGCAAGUUCGACCAUGGUGAAGAGCAGAUUACAGUCAACGACUAUUCAAAGUUCCAAGCUAUUAUGGGAAGUUCAGGGGCUAUGGGUAUGAACCCAAUGAUCAUGCAAAAUCCAGAUCAAAUGUACCAUUUCCAAAUGGGUAUGGAUGGUAUGCCCUAUAUGACAACAGCACCUAUUGAAUCGGCUGAAGGACAAGAUCAAUCACAGCAGCAGCAACCUCGUCAUCAUCAUCACCAUCAACAACGACAAUCGCCACAUCAUCCUAGGCCUCGACAACAACGUGAUGGUCGUAUGGGUAAAUUCCAUGAUCAGCCUUUCACGACACGCUAUGAUCCCAACAACAAUACCAUUGUCGUCGAUAAGAUCCCAAUGGACUCGUGCAAUAUGGAAGCGGUGACGGAGACAUUCAAAAAGUUUGGCACCAUUGUUGAUAUCAGUCUUCAGCCCGAAUUUCAGCGAGCCUUCAUCGAGUACAAGACACACGCUGAAGCGCUGGCCGCUCAUCAAUGUCCUGAUGUUUUAUUUAAAAACCGGUUCGUCAAGGUGUAUUGGAAAAAGGUGGAUGAUAAACAACAAAAACAACAAUCUUGGCAGCAGCAACAGCAACAACAACAACAACAACAAGCUGAACCUGAUCCCGAAGUGAUCAAGCAACGUGCUGCAGAGUUAGCCAAGAUCAGAGAAGAGAAGCAAAAACAAAGAAAGGAGCAGCUGGAGAAACAGAUCGAGGCAAACAAGAGAAAGCAGGAGAUUGCUAAACGGGAACUUGAACUUGCCAUGCUCAAGGCUAAGGUCAAAGCCAUGGAGGAUUCUAAGAAGAAGGAGACACCAUAA